GGUAGCUACUAGCUAGUACGGUCAAAAGAGACACUUCUUCAUUCUCUCUUUUUAAUUUUCUCUCCUUCAAUUUGCUUUGCAUCAUUCAAUUCAUAAAGUAAGCCAACACAUAAAGCCACCCCACAAACCAACUAAAACAUUCUUUCUUUGCACUUUAAUUUGGAGAGCAUUUCCAGACAAACAAAGGGUUAUGGAAGGGAUAGGUCCCAACAACAAUUCAUGCACAACAAGGCCUCAUAAUAAUGAAGGUGGUGGUGGAAAUAACAACAACAAUUUAGAGAAGAAAGCAAGGCCACAAGAGCAAUUGAAUUGUCCAAGGUGCAAUUCAACAAACACAAAGUUUUGCUACUACAACAAUUAUAGCCUCACACAACCAAGGUAUUUUUGCAAGACUUGUAGAAGGUAUUGGACUGAAGGUGGGUCCCUCAGGAAUGUUCCUGUUGGUGGUGGUUCAAGGAAGAACAAGAUCAAGAUCAAUACCAAUAACAACAAUAAUAAUAACAACUCUUCGUCAUCGUCGUCAACAACAUCAACACCUUCAUCAAAUUCAAAGGUUCUUGUUCAUCAAGACCUACUAAACCCUAAUAAUAAUAGGGUUAUUCAAGGACAAGAUCUUAAUCUUGCUUUUCCAUCUAUGGAUCAUCACAACAAUUAUCAUCAUGGUUUGUUACCAUUUAUUGAUAUGGUUAAUAAUAAUAAUAAUAGUAGUAGUAAUAAUAAUAAUAAUAAUAGUAAUGGUGAUGCACCAAGUUCUCUUUCAGCUUUGGAGCUUUUAAGGUCAAGCAUGGCUUCUAGGGGUUUGAGUAAUCCAUAUUAUGCUUCUUCUAAUUCUUCAUUGGUACCAUCAAAUUCAUCAAGUGUAAUUUACCCUACUUCUGGAUUAGGGUUUCCAACCAUGCAAGAAGUAGUUAACAAUAAUAAGCAAAAUAGUGGUAACCUUGGAUUUUCAUCUUCUUCAUCAAUUAUGGAUCAUCAAGAGAAUAUUGUUAAUAAUAGUGAUGGUGGAGGAAGAGUUCUUUUCCCUUUUGGAGAGGUGAUGAAGAGUGCUGAAGAAAACAACAACAAAGAACAAGGGAAUAAUUCAUCAAGCACUGCCAAUGGUGGAUAUUGGAAUGGAAUGAUGGGUCAAGGGUCAUGGUGAAGGGACAACAAGGAAACUAAGAACAUGCAUUAUUAAUUACUAUUAUUUGAGAAAUUCUUAGAUGUUUUUAGGGUAUAAGAAAAAGUUUAUUUUGUACCAUUCAUCACUUAUAUGCAAAAAAACUAAUUAUCAAAUGAUAAAUAAUGGUGCAAAAUAAAUUUUUUUCUUAUUUUAAGAGUAUCUAAAAAUUUCUCUUAAUUAAUAUUUUUCUUUAAUUUCA